AUGCCAUCGUCACAAUACAAGCUAUCAUUUAUUGCAGGGAAGAAAUACUUUACGUCAACUCCUACGAAGGAUUGGUCAUAUUCUGGAUAUCUCGAGGCCAUAGAGCCUUAUUUCAGUAACCGCGCUAAAAUAAGCACAUUGAAAUUGACGUGGAAGAAGCGUUUUAAUGACCAUCUGAGAGAUCUCGAAAAAGAUGAAAUUGAUGAGAGAC